GUGGUACUGCGAGCACUGCGCUUGUAGCAUCCGCUGCCAUUGGUCAUGGCGGAUGGCUGGGAUCUGCGGUACAUCACCUCGGAGGGCCGAUCGCGGGUGCACAGCCACGCCGACGAAGGGGCAGAGGAGCCCUUCGAGGCCUUUGCCCAGGACCUUCCCUGCGCGCCGCGGCAGCAGCCGCCCUUUGCAUGGAAGGCCGCCAGCGAGUUCGAGCGCGAGUUCGAGAUUAGUGGAGCGGACCACGACGUGGCCACCAAGUUGGGCGACUUCAAGGACCCUCAGUGGGUGGUGCCCGUCGGCGGUACUUUGCGGCUCCUCAAGGGCGGCAUUUACCGCUGGAGCCUGCGCUUGGAGCGCAUUUGUUCCAAGCCACCCGGUGGGCCUCUUGGCGCAGGCCACCACCGGCCGCAGAUGCAGAUCGGCGUGCACGGAGCGAACCACCGGCGGCCCUGGCGGCUGAUGACAACCACCCGAUGCUCCCGCGCCAAAGACGAGGAUCCGUGGCAGGAGCGGCCUGGCGGCGAUCGCAUGCUGGCGGAAGGCGACUACAUCCAUGUGGAGGUGGACCUCCGCGGGCUGCACCUGCCGUUCGGCACUUUGGCGGUGGCCAUCAAUGCGGAGCCCGCGGAGGUGGUGUUUGAUGACAUCGCCUUGACAUCGGGGUCGCCGCUGAUGCCGGUGGUGUGUAUGGGCGGGGACGGGUCUCGGGUGAGGCUUUGCCCGGCGAGCUAGGCGGCUGGGGUUGGAAGAGAUCGGAUGCGCA